AUGGUGAAAACGCGGCCACGCCCUUCUGCUAUUGAGUUCAAUAACAUAUUGACUGCUGCGGUGAAGAUGGAACAAUACUCUGUUGCCCUUCAUAUGUUCGACGAAAUGCUUCGAAGGGAUGCUCCAACAGAUCACUGCACCUUUAAUAUUGCGAUUAAUUGCUUUUGCCUUAUGAAAAGAGCUGAUUUUGGGUUUGCAGUACUAGGAAGCAUUUUCAAGCGUGGAUACGAGCCUGCUGUGUUAACAUUCAGAGCCCUCAUCCACGGGCUUUUGUUGGUUGGAAAGAGCCUAGACGCAGCAAAACUACUCAAGAGGUUGUUGACCGAGGAAUGGUUCAAACCUGAUGCAAAUACUUGUCUUAAGAUGAUUACUAUGUUUGCCACUCCUGAUAUGCUCAGCUUAUUGGAAAAAGGAAGGCGCAAACCUCAUGUUUAUCCAUACAAUCCAGUGAUUCAUUGUCUAUGCAAUGAUGGAAUGGUUGACGAGGCUCUCCAACUCAUCUCUGUCAUGGAUGGUAAGGGCAUUUUACUCGAUGCUAUGAUAUAUAAUUCAAUUAUUCAGGGGCUUUGCAAUUUUAGAAGAUGGGAUGAGGUUGAAGAGAUGUUGAAGAAGAUGGUGGCUUCUAAGAUCCACCCGGAUGUGUAUACUUUUAACAUUUUAUUGGAUGCUUUAUGCGAAGAGGGAAUGGUGGAUGCAACAGAGAAUAUAUUCAAAAUGAUGAGGAAAGGAGAAAUGGUUGAAGCCCAAGGCUUAGGCAUUCUCCAAUUGGUGGUGAAAUCGGGCAUCAAGCCUGAUAUUACAAGCUACAAUGUCGUGAUGGAUGGGUAUCUCAAAAUGGGACGGGUGAAUGAAGUUUCACGUAUUUUUAACGAAAUUCCCACCAAAGGUUUAGAGCGCAAUGUUGUUUCUUAUGGAAUAAUGCUAUAG